AUGAUUGUUUUGUUUUUGGCUGCGUUGGUUUCUCUGGCUUCGGCUGGGAUCAAGGAAGAUCAUGAAGUCAAGGAUCUGCCCGGACUGAAUGGAACGCUGAGUUUCAAGCAGUACGCUGGAUAUUUCAGCAUUUCCCCAACAAGAAAAUUGGCUUAUUGGUAGGGGAUUAUAAGAAGAUGAAGAAGUUUAUUUAGGCUUCUGGAGUCACAAGGGAAUCCAAAUAAGGACCCGUUAAUGUUAUGGUAGGUUCUGCUUGUAACACCACUCCAUGAUUUCCCAAUGUUUGUCUUUAUUUUGGCGUCACUAUUGACUACAGUGAAGGACCCGAUCCAGUGGCAAAAAACGUACGAUUCUGCAUCCGGGAAGCAUCAAAAAUGUGGCAAAAUGCUUCCCUCUCCAAAUGAAAAAAAACUUUGUUUUGAAGACGCGCCCUUUUUCCAUACAGAAAGAUUGGACGCGUUUUUGAAAUCAAAGUUUUUUCACCUGGAAAAGGAAGCAUUUUGCCAUAUUUUUGAUACUUCCCGGAUGCAAAAUGGUACCUUUUUUUCCACUGGAUCUGGUCCCUCACUGUAUGUAAUUUCAGGCUGGAUGGAGGGCCGGGCUGCUCGUCACUGUCUGGAAUUCUCCUGGAAAACGGGCCUUUCCGAAUUUCAACUGCCGGUAAACCCGACGGCGUUUUGUACGAGAACCCCCAUGCCUACAAUAAAGUAGGCAAAACUCUUGUUUCUCAUCGCUUUUCAGUUCGCCAACGUCCUGUAUUUGGAAGCCCCAGCCGGUGUUGGUUUCUCAAGACUCGACGAUGACAAGUUCAGCUUUACCGACAACGAGACAGCCACCGAUAACCUGAAGUUUUUGCAAGAGUUUUUAAAGGCAUAUUCGGAAUACGAGAACCGAGAUUUCUUCAUUUCCGGGAUCAGCUAUGCCGGAUGCUAUGUUCCACAUCUUGCUGACACUAUUAUCAACCACAAAGAUGAGAUAAAAUUGAAUUUGAAGGUAAUAGAGGUCUUACAAAGCACCGCUAAUUUCAGGGAAUUGCAAUGGGGAACGCAAUUACGGAUCAGAAGUGGCUCAAUCAACUGAGCAUUCCAAAUACCGCGUUCUAUGGAAUAUUACGACUGAACAAGCUGAACGAAUGGACAAACGAGUAUUGCCCCACGGGAUUCGAAAAUUUCUGCGGAAAAGAAGUUGCGCAAAGUCCUACGGCGAACGUGCCCAUAAACCGUUACGACUUUGCCGAUCAAUGUGGUCCGGACUGCGAAGAGCCGUUUAUGCAAGCUUUCCUGAACAACCACAAAGUGAAGGAUGCUCUUCAUUUUGAGCACAAACAUUGGACACAUUGCAAUGAGAGGUAAUUAUUUUUUCCUUGGCUUACAGGGGAAGUACCCCAAGUGCGACGCUCAAUUUUCUUUAAAUUUUGCACACAUCUCUGGAACGGACCAAAUAUCAAUUCCUGAAAGUUUUAGCUCGCGCUUUGCAGGCGCCGCCGAGAUAUUGAACGAUUUUUGUCGCCGAGAGAACACACUAAGCGUGGAGAGCGGCGAAAGAGAAAAAAAGUUUUUGGCCGUAACUUCGCUAGUUUCGCUCGAAAAAAUUAAUUUUUUGGUGGAAACAUUACCCUUUACGGUAGAAAUUGGUGUGAAAACUUUCGUGCCGAAGUUCGGCAAAAAUUGUCUAAUUUCGCCAACUUUCGAUCUAAAAAUUUCGGUUGUUUCUGCAAAGUGCGAGCUGCACUUUGCAAUGAUCUUUGCCGCCGAGAGAGUAAACUAAACGUGGAAAGCGGUCAGAGAGAAAAACACUUUUUGGCCAUAACUUCGCUAGUUUCGAGCGGAAAAAAAUUGAUUUUUUGUGGAAACAUUGUUCUCUGUGGUAGAAAUAAAGUAAGCAUGAAACUUUUCGUGCCAAAAUUCGACAAAAAGUCCUAAAUUUUCGUCGACUUUCAAUCUAAAAAUCUCGAUUGUUUCUGCAAAGCGCGAGCUCGGAUUUUCGCAUAUAUUUUAGCAAAAUUAUUCUAAAUUUGUGCCAAGUUUCAUCAAAAUCUGAGCGUCGCACUUGGGGUACUUCCCCUGUUAGAUACAUGGAUGACUUUGUACUUUUGCUCAGGGUUUCUCAACAAACUUAUCCGUUGCGUGAAGACUAGGGAGAAUAGCCGGUUAGACUUUCUUAAAAAGGGUUAACUUGCAUUAAUGUUUUGUAAUUAAAUAACUAAAUAUUAUAUUUUUUUUUAAUUUUCCUAAUUUCCUAGUCUGAUGAACACCUUUUUUCAAAAUCUUUGCGAUGAUGCAGAAGCGCUUGUGCGAGAUCUUUUGGCCCACAAGAUAAGAGUCCUUUACUACUUCGGAACUACAGGUAAGCCACUCACUGUUACAAUAAGCUCUUUGUAGACAACAGAGUCCCCUUUAUCAGUGGUGAUUUCUUUGCUCGAAAAAUUGGAGGAAAUGGGGAACUAACUCAUUGGUUUGUGAACGGAGUUUACUCUGGGACAAAGACUCACUAUCCAAACAACAUCACGUUCACAACGGUUCUGGGGGCCGGCCAUCCAUCGGCGAAACACAAACCUCAGCAAGUCGCCAACGUCAUUCAGAAGUUCAUUAGCGGUGACGAUAAUUGGGAUGCCUAA